GUUAGAGAAACAAAUAAUAAAUUGGCUGACGCCAAACUAGAACUUUUUAAACUUAGAGAUGAGCGGGAAGGGGGUUCAAAAAUUAUUGGAACAGGUCCUGGGGGUGCUAUUACUGAGGCUGAUAAAAUUAAGGCGAAGGCACAGGCUAUGUUACAAGACCAUGUGGUGCGUAUGACCGGGAAAUCUAUUAAUUUUGGUAGCGAUUUACCCGAUUCAUCAGCAUCAAGAAGAUAUGAAGAAGAAGUGAUUAGGGUUAAUACCGAAAAAGAAAUUAGAGAACAAAGCGUUGCAGAUAUUGAAAGAACUAUUUCAAGGAUUCAAGACUCGAUAAUGCGAAUUGCAAGAGAACGGGAAGAAAUCGAAGAUAAGCUACGCCGAAUCGAGGGAAAUACGAGGUCUUCUGAUAGUGAUGCCCGGAAAUGGGAGGAUGGAACCAGUGUAGGUGAAGAAGUGAGGAAGUUCAUUGAUGAACUUAAAAGAGAUGCUCCAAACUUAUCUUAUCGUACAGAAUACAGUCAAAGUAAUUAUUCUUAUGAUAAAGUAAAAUAUAGUGAACCUCGCUAUUCAUCUACAAAAAAUGAUACGCACGAUCGUAAUCGUUCAGCUUCUUCUUCAUCUUUGGGUUAUAGUCCAGUUAGCAGCUCUGUUCAAAGCUGUUCUGAUGCAAAAACUCCAGAGGAACGUAGUGCUUUUAUUCAGGCAGAAGCAAAACGCAGAAUGGAGGAACGAUUAAAGGCUUUGGGUAUUGAUAAGCCGUCAUCUGAAAAACCUACAUCGACUCCUGGUUCAUCAACGAUCGCUGAUAGAUUAGUACGUGAGAGAGCUGACGCAGCUGAAAAACUUGAACGCGCGGAACGAGAAGCUGCAGAACGUGAGCGUAUUCGUGAACAAAAACUUUUGGCUGAAAAGCAAAAGAAAGCAGAGCAAGAAGCAGAUCGAUUAAAAAAGAUAGAAGAGUUUAAACGCCAAGAGGAGGAAAGAAAAAAUAAAUGGCUUAUAGAAGCUCGGGAACUUGAGAAAGCAAAGGAGAAAAAACUGCGUGAUAAGGAGGAAGCAUCACGUCUUAUGGAAUUAGAGUUGGAAAGGAGGAGAUUAGAAACUGAAAGAGAAAAGCCUCAACAAGAAGAACGCUUAUCUCCUCCACCAACAGUCUCCUUUACUGCUAAAUCUACCACGCCCAAACCAUCGUCAAAUAUUCCCGUUGCUCCUCCAGCACCACCAUCAAAUAUUCCAGUUGCACCUCCAAUGCCACCAUCAUCAAAUGUUCCAUCAGCGCCACCAUUGCCGCCGUCUUCAUCAAAUAUUCCAUCAGCUCCACCAGCGCCAACAUCCACCUCAAAAAUUCCAUCAGCGCCACCGUUGCCACCGACUUCAUCAAAUAUUCCAUCUGCGCCACCGCUGCCACCAUCUGCGCUGAAUUUAUCAAUUGCAUCGCCAACACCCGUAGCUGCAUCAAAUACCUCGGUUUUGUCACAAUCUCCGCCGUCUGAUGCUAAAUUACAAUCUUCUAUAUCAUCACAACCGCAGCCGUCAGGCGCACGAAGUGCCUUGUUAAGCCAAAUUCAGCAAGGUAAAAAGUUAAAACCUACACAGACUAAUGAUCGGUCAUCACCUCUUGCUGCAGGUAGGACCAAUUCUUCUCCUACACUGGGAGUUUCCUCUGAUGGGUCUGUAUCUAGUGCCAGUCGCAUUGGUCUAGGCGCAUUGUUUGCUGGUGGCAUGCCAAAGCUUCAGAGUCGUGGCGGAGUAGAAACUGGUCGUUCAUUUACUGAAGACACUCGUACCACAACUAAUUCUCGGCAAAAAACAAUUUUGAAAGCUGAUCGUAGGAUUUCGUCAGAUUUAUUUGGUAGUUUGGCUUCUGAUCAACUUGCAAAUGAAGGAAAACUCUCAGCACUUACAACCCCUGAUAUAACCCAGACAACGAUUAUUGAGAAUAAAGAAUAUCCUCGAACCACAAAUGAAUCAUCAAGCCUCGUAGAGUCACCAACUACUACUUCGUCUUCUGAGAUUGAUGUGGAUUUCACACAAGAAUUUCGCGUUAAAUCUCUCUAUUCUUAUUCUGGUAAUGGUGCAGACGAUCUUUCAUUUGAGGCUGGAAUUUCUUUCUUGGCACAUCCGUCCAAAAUUCAAUCAAACGCGGAUUGGUGGUAUGGUGUGAUUGAACAAACUGGUGCAAAAGGCUGGUUUCCCAAAUCAUACGUUGAAGUAGUUAAAGAAGAAAAGGAAAUUUGUAAAGCUAAAGUUUUAUACGAAUGGAAGGCACAAUCUCCUGACCAACUUGACAUUAGACAGGGUAACGUCAUUUCUAUACUCGACAAGUCCUUGGGUGAUUGGUGGAAGGCUGAAUAUGAAGGCGCUAAAGGAAUUAUUCCAUCCAAUUAUGUCGAGGAAAUUUCUAGUUAUAGCGAUAAGGAUAUGACAGGUGAAGGUGAAACAAGUAACGAUGACACAAGUGAAGAUGAAUCUAAUGAAACUAAUGGCGAUAUACGUUCAAAAAGUGAUAUUGUUAAUGAUUCAAAAUCAGACAAUAUUUUUGACAUAGUUUUUACGGACCCUAUAACGAUACCAAAAUUUAGCAUUCAAUCUCCUAAAAAUGCUAGUUUUAUAAAAAGUCCAUUAGAUAUAGAUUCUAGGUCAGCCUCACCGAAUUCAUCAGAGCCUACUGAGUUUGUAAGAAGUCCAAGUCCAACAAGAUUAUUUGGUUCUAGUCCAAUUAUCACUGUUCCAUGGAUGCAAGUUGGAUCAUUUAAAAGAGAGCGUAAUAAUUCUACAGAUUCUAAUCUUAAUCCACAAAUUAUGCCGCAAAGACCCGAAAGUCCAGUUUCAAUUAACCAA